GUUCAGACCAGGCCAAUGCUCGCCGCCUCCAUCUUCCGUCCGACACUGCUGCUCUGCUGCCUGGCUGCUCCCUGGUCCACCCAGCCUGAGAGCCUCUUCCACAGCCGGGACCGCUCGGACCUGGAGCCAUCCCCACUGCGCCAGGCCCAGCCCAUUGCCGACCUCCACGCUGCUCAGCGGUUCCUGUCCAGAUACGGCUGGUCGGGGCUGCGGGCGGCCUGGGGGCCCAGUCCCGAGGGGCCGCCGGAGACCCCCGAGGGCGCCGCCCUGGCCGCGGCGGUGCGCAGGUUCCAGCGGGCGAACGCGCUGCCGGCCAGUGGGGAGCUGGACGCGGCCACCCUGGCGGCCAUGAACCGGCCCCGCUGCGGGGUCCCCGACACGCGCCCACCGCCCCCCGUCGCCGCGCCUUCGCCCCCCGGCCCGCCCCCCAGAGCCCGCUCCAGGCGCUCCCCGCGGGCGCCGCUGUCCGUGUCCCGGCGGGGUUGGCAGCCCCGGGGCUCCCCCGACGGCGGGGCCGCCCGGGCCUUCUCCAAGAGGACGCUGAGCUGGAGGCUGCUGGGCGAGGCCCUGAGCAGCCAGCUGUCCGCGGCCGAGCAGCGGCGCAUCGUGGCGCUGGCCUUCAGGAUGUGGAGCGAGGUGACGCCGCUGGAUUUCCGCGAGGACCUGGCCGCCCCCGGGGCCGCGGUCGACAUCAAGCUGGGCUUUGGGAGAGGCCGGCACCUGGGCUGUCCGCGGGCCUUCGAUGGGAGCGGGCAGGAGUUUGCACACGCCUGGCGCCUAGGUGACAUUCACUUUGACGACGACGAGCACUUCACGCCUCCCACCAGUGACAUGGGCAUCAGCCUUCUCAAGGUGGCCGUCCAUGAAAUUGGCCAUGUCCUGGGCUUGCCUCACACCUACAGGACGGGAUCCAUAAUGCAACCAAAUUACAUUCCCCAGGAAGCCGCCUUUGAGUUGGACUGGUCGGACAGGAAAGCAAUUCAAAAGCUGUAUGGCUCCUGUGAGGGAUCAUUCGAUACUGCAUUUGACUGGAUUCGCAAAGAGAGAAACCAAUAUGGAGAGGUGAUGGUGAGAUUUAGCACGUAUUUCUUCCGCAACAGCUGGUACUGGCUUUAUGAAAAUCGAAAUAAUAGGACACGCUAUGGGGACCCUAUCGAAAUCCUCACCGGCUGGCAUGGAAUCCCAACAUACAACAUAGAUGCCUUUGUUCACAUCUGGACAUGGAAAAGAGAUGAACGUUAUUUUUUCCGAGGAAAUCAAUACUGGAGAUACGACAGUGACAAGGAUCAGGCCCUUACAGAAGAUGAACAAGGAAAAAGCUAUCCUAAAUUGAUUUCAGAAGGAUUUCCUGGCAUCCCAAGUCCCCUAGACACAGCCUUUUAUGACCGAAGACAGAAGUUAAUUUACUUCUUCAAGGAGUCCCUUGUAUUUGCAUUUGAUGUCAACAGAAAUCGAGUACUUAAUUCUUAUCCAAAGAAGAUUACUGAAGUUUUUCCAGCAAUAAUACCACAAAACCAUCCUUUCAGAAAUAUAGAUUCCGCUUAUUACUCCUAUGCAUACAACUCCAUUUUCUUUUUCAAAGGCAAUGCAUACUGGAAGGUCGUUAAUGACAAGGACAAACAACAGAAUUCCUGGCUUCCUGCUAAUGGCUUAUUUCCUAAGAAGUUUAUUUCAGAGAAGUGGUUUGAUGUUUGUGAUGUCCAUAUCUCCACACUGAACAUGUAAUAAGAGAAAGUGGGAAAUGGAGAGUCAUAGGAUUUCGCUAAGAGAAAAAUUCUGAUAUUGUUUACAAAGAAAACCAGAGUUUCAGUAGCUAAAGCAAAUAUGGCACUGUAAGUUAAAACCCAACGGGAAAAGCCUUAGUUGAACUUUUAAAAUACUUGAUUUAAAAAUCAAUUGCUCAGGGAAAACAUAAUUCAUAACCUAGAAAGUUUAAAAAAAACAACAACCCAAAAACUAAGCAUCCAAUGAUCGUUGCCUGCUUUCUACUCUGUGGGGCUCCGCCCAUCCCAACUGCUUGCCCACCUGAUUAAUGGGAGUUGGAAGGGCGGCCAGAGCCCUGGGUCAAGCUAUCAAGGAAGGAGAUGGCACGGAGAUGAUUUUACUGAGGGAUGUAAUGGGAAAGUCAUGGGAUUCAAAUGGAUUGCCCUCCACAGUCCCUGUCAGAAUGACAUUUCUCUAAAGACAGUGUACAAAAGGUUUUCAUGUUUACUUCUCUCUUGAUCUUCACAGCUCUGUCAGUGUGGCAGGAUGGAUGCUACUGUACACAUUUCCAGUCACAUUAGCCAAAGUUCAUCUGUUGUAUCUGCCAAAAGUCAAACCCAGUGGUAGCUCUGGGCCCGCAUCUCCAAAUCCCAGCUCAGGGCCCUCUGCACUUCCUCUGUGUCACUGUGGUGGUCUCAGGCCCUGAAAUGAGUUGCACCCUCUUGUUUGAAAACACAGGCCUGCAACUCAAAUGGUCCAGAACAGAACAGCUUUGCUGGUUCACUAUAAUUCAUUUAGUGUUCUCUCCUACCAUUUUAUAUGACAGUUUACUUAGGUUCUAAAGACCAGUCUACCAAAAGGAGACUCUUGAAGCUCGCUGGAUAAUUUUAUUUUUCCAAUAUCACUUAUAUCUAGGAUAGGCAGUAUAUCCCUUCAACUUUUACAUAAUAUGGCUAUUAACUCUUAACCCAAACGAAAACCCAAUGUCAUUUGUAAUGAUGUGAACAAAAUCUGAAAUUAACUGAAAUGGAUUCAGUAGCCUCCAUGAUCACGCCACAGAUACCAAAUUCUUCUUCCAAAGGAAUAGCAGAAACACAGGUACUUCAGAAAAUUUUAAGUUAAAAACAGCAAAUUACAAAUAUAUUUUAUAAGGAUCUUUAUUCCCCCCGUAGGAACUUUCAUGUUAUUGCUCUGACAAAGGAAGAUAACUAGAAUUUAGUCUUGAUUAAGAACAAAUUCUCCUGUUGACUGAAAGCUUGUUUCAGCCAAAGAGGGGGCAGGAGGAAAGAUCAGCACCUCUCAGGCCCCUGACCCCAGCUCAGUCCUGCCUGAGCAGGAACAUGCUUUUGAAUUCACUAACCCAAAAGAUGGUAUAUCAUCUUUGAUCAUAAUCAACAGAAGUGUCUAGGUUUAUCUAGCAGGGUGAAGACAGUUUUAUUAUGUGUGUACACUUGCUACAAGGGGAAACAGAAUGACACUGGUCCUGAAAUGAAACAUUGCUGAAUUUGUACAACCGCUUUACAAUUUAGAAUUCAGGCAAAACUUUAAAUGUUUCAGGGAUUAAUUUUUGCAAACUGAUACAAAUCUGUUCCAAGAAAAAUGCAAACUAAGUAAACAACAACUAAGUGGACAAAUGGCAAGAGAGAAUUCUGCUAAGCUAUGAUGGAUGUUAACUCACUGUCAAUGGGCUGGGUGUGAUGGCUCACACCUGUAACCCCAGCACUUUCGGAGGCCGAGGCAGGUGGAUCCCUUGAGCUCAGGAGUUCGAGACCAG